UACCCCGCAUUGAAGGGCUGCGAAUCCAUUUAAAAGUGAUGGUAACUCUGUGACCGCGAUUCGAUUGGAAAACGUUUUCACACAUUUCCUCCGGAAAUUUUUACAAAAAAUACCGAAAAAUAUCAAUUAUUUAAUAAUAUUAUUGUGUAAAAAAUAUAGCAUAAGAUACAAAUAGUCAGUUUUACGGCCACAGUUAUUUAUUGAAAAGGCAUAGAAAAAUGUCGUUGCCGCCGUAUAUGAUACCGCCCAAUGCCUGGGCGGCACAAAUUAUGGCGCAACAGCAGGCCCAGGCAUAUGCGGCUGCAGCCCAAGUGCAGCAAGCACAAAUGCAUGCACAUCAAAUGGCUAAUCAAAUACAACAAAUACCACCCCCGGGAACACCCUUACCGGGGCCGAUGACAAAUGGAAGUGUGGGUUUGCCAACGGGUGCAAUGGGGGGUGGUAGUGGUGGUGUUGGUGGUAUAAACCAAGCACAGCUUGGGCAAAUACCUACACCCAAACCAGACAUAAUUACUGAGGAAAAACUUCAAGAGAAAGCACAGAAAUGGCAACAAUUGCAAUCGAAAAGAUUUGCAGAAAAACGAAAAUUCGGGUUCGUAGACGCUCAAAAAGAAGAUAUGCCACCGGAGCACAUACGUAAAAUUAUACGCGAUCACGGCGACAUGACAUCUCGCAAAUAUCGUCACGAUAAACGUGUAUACCUUGGUGCUUUGAAGUAUAUGCCUCAUGCUGUGUUGAAACUGCUUGAAAACAUGCCGAUGCCAUGGGAGCAAAUACGUGAUGUCCAAGUGUUGUACCACAUUACCGGCGCUAUUACAUUUGUCAAUGAAAUACCAUGGGUUAUCGAGCCUGUUUACAUCGCUCAAUGGGGGACCAUGUGGAUUAUGAUGCGUCGCGAGAAACGUGAUCGUCGGCAUUUUAAGCGCAUGCGAUUUCCACCCUUUGAUGACGAGGAGCCGCCUCUAGACUAUGCAGAUAACAUCUUAGACGUCGAGCCGUUAGAGGCCAUUCAAAUUGACUUAGACUCCGAAGAAGAUGGUGCUGUAUACAAAUGGUUCUAUGAACAUAGGCCACUUGUUGGAACUCCUUACGUAAAUGGCUCUACAUAUCGCAAAUGGAAUUUGACUUUACCGCAAUUGGCGACACUAUAUCGUUUGGCCAACCAAUUGCUUACUGAUUUAGUAGACGAUAACUUUUUUUACCUUUUCGAUCCGAAAAGUUUCUUCACGGCUAAAGCACUAAAUAUGGCUAUACCAGGUGGGCCAAAAUUUGAGCCUCUCAUUAAAGACCAUAACGUCGGAGACGAAGAUUGGAAUGAGUUUAAUGACAUCAAUAAAGUUAUCAUUCGUCAACCAAUUCGUACAGAGUACCGAAUUGCUUUCCCAUACCUAUACAACAACAUGCCUCAUUUCGUACAUCUUUCCUGGUAUCACACUCCAAAUGUAGUGUACAUUAAAACCGAAGAUCCAGAUUUGCCCGCAUUUUACUUUGAUCCCUUAAUUAAUCCGAUUUCACAUCGUCAUGCCAAUACCAAGAUAGCAGAGCCUAUGCCUGACGAUGAUGAGGAUUUUUCAUUGCCCGAUGAAGUGCAACCAUUCUUACAGGACACGCCACUAUACACUGAUAACACAGCCAACGGCAUAGCAUUGCUUUGGGCACCAAGACCUUUCAAUUUGCGUUCGGGUCGUUCUCGACGCGCCAUAGAUGUACCGCUAGUUAAAAGUUGGUACAAAGAGCACUGCCCACCUGGUCAUCCGGUCAAAGUGCGCGUGAGCUAUCAGAAGCUUUUGAAAUAUUAUGUUUUAAAUGCAUUGAAGCAUCGUAAACCAAAACCACAAAAGAAGAGGUACCUGUUUCGUUCAUUUAAAGCAACGAAAUUUUUCCAGACUACCACAUUGGACUGGGUGGAAGCUGGUUUACAGGUAUGCCGUCAAGGCUACAACAUGCUCAAUUUAUUGAUUCAUCGUAAAAAUUUAAAUUAUUUGCAUUUGGAUUAUAACUUUAACUUAAAACCGGUAAAAACACUGACAACUAAAGAGCGAAAGAAGUCUCGCUUCGGCAAUGCAUUCCAUUUGUGUCGUGAAAUUUUGCACCUAACCAAGUUAAUCAUUGAUUCACAUGUACAAUAUCGGCUGAAUAAUGUGGACGCUUUUCAAUUGGCCGAUGGUCUGCAGUAUAUAUUUGCACAUGUUGGUCAGUUGUCUGGCAUGUACCGUUACAAAUACAAAUUAAUGCGACAGAUCCGUAUGUGCAAAGACUUGAAGCAUCUUAUCUACUAUCGUUUUAAUACAGGUCCUGUUGGUAAAGGACCUGGUUGCGGUUUCUGGGCUCCUGGUUGGCGUGUUUGGCUCUUCUUCAUGCGUGGAAUAACUCCGUUGCUAGAACGUUGGCUUGGCAAUUUGUUGUCGCGUCAAUUCGAAGGACGUCACUCGAAGGGCGUUGCAAAAACCGUUACAAAACAACGUGUUGAGUCACAUUUCGAUUUGGAAUUGCGAGCGUCCGUAAUGCACGAUAUUGUUGAUAUGAUGCCCGAAGGCAUUAAGCAAAACAAAGCGCGUACCAUAUUGCAACAUUUAUCAGAAGCUUGGCGUUGUUGGAAGGCGAAUAUACCAUGGAAAGUGCCCGGAUUGCCAAUACCAAUAGAGAAUAUGAUAUUGCGUUAUGUUAAGAUGAAAGCCGAUUGGUGGACUAAUACAGCGCAUUACAAUCGCGAACGUAUACGACGUGGUGCGACAGUUGACAAAACUGUUUGUAAGAAAAACUUGGGUCGCCUAACGCGUUUGUAUUUGAAAGCGGAGCAGGAACGUCAACACAAUUACCUAAAAGACGGUCCAUACAUAUCACCCGAAGAAGCUGUUGCCAUUUACACCACAACAGUGCAUUGGUUGGAGUCGCGCCGUUUCGGUCCCAUACCUUUCCCCCCACUUUCAUACAAACACGAUACAAAAUUAUUAAUUUUGGCUUUGGAGCGUCUGAAGGAAGCCUACAGUGUUAAGUCACGUUUAAAUCAGAGUCAGCGUGAGGAAUUAGGUCUCAUUGAACAGGCCUAUGAUAAUCCGCAUGAAGCUUUAUCGCGUAUAAAACGUCAUUUGUUAACGCAGCGUGCAUUCAAGGAGGUUGGUAUUGAAUUCAUGGAUUUGUACAGCCAUUUGAUACCAGUAUAUGAUGUUGAACCGCUUGAAAAAAUAACUGAUGCUUAUCUAGAUCAGUAUUUGUGGUAUGAAGCAGAUAAGCGUCGCCUCUUUCCGCCAUGGAUAAAGCCAAGUGAUACCGAGCCGCCACCAUUGUUGGCUUAUAAGUGGUGCCAAGGUAUUAACAAUCUGCAAGACGUUUGGGACGUUGGCGAGGGUGAAUGCAAUGUUCUGCUUGAAUCACGUUUUGAAAAACUGUAUGAGAAAAUCGAUUUAACUUUGUUGAAUCGUCUGCUACGUCUUAUAGUCGAUCAUAAUAUUGCCGAUUAUAUGACUGCAAAGAAUAACGUCGUCAUUAAUUACAAGGACAUGAAUCAUACAAACAGUUACGGCAUAAUACGUGGUCUGCAAUUCUCUUCGUUCAUCACGCAAUAUUAUGGUUUGGUAUUGGAUUUGCUUAUGCUAGGUCUGCAUCGCGCAAGUGAAAUGGCCGGUCCACCACAAAUGCCAAAUGAUUUCCUCACGUUCCAAGAUGCCGUUACAGAAACUGCACAUCCCAUACGCUUGUAUUGCCGAUAUGUGGAUCGUAUUCAUUUGUUCUUCCGUUUCACGGCGGAGGAAGCACGUGAUUUGAUUCAGCGUUAUCUUACCGAACAUCCUGAUCCAAAUAAUGAAAAUAUUGUGGGUUAUAACAACAAAAAAUGUUGGCCGCGAGAUGCGCGUAUGCGACUGAUGAAGCAUGAUGUAAAUUUGGGCCGUGCUGUGUUCUGGGACAUUAAAAAUCGUCUACCUCGUUCGGUUACGACAAUAAACUGGGAGAACACUUUUGUUUCAGUCUACUCGAAGGAUAAUCCAAAUCUACUAUUUAAUAUGUGUGGAUUUGAAUGUCGCAUAUUGCCCAAGUGCCGUACACAAACUGAAGAAUUUACACAUCGCGAUGGCGUAUGGAAUUUACAAAAUGAGGUGACAAAAGAGCGCACGGCUCAAUGUUUCCUGCGGGUUGAUGAUGAGUCCUUGGGUCGUUUCCAUAAUCGUGUGCGUCAGAUUCUGAUGGCAUCUGGUUCCACAACGUUUACGAAGAUUGUUAACAAAUGGAACACUGCACUUAUUGGUCUUAUGACUUAUUUUCGCGAAGCCGUCGUAAAUACACAGGAACUACUUGAUUUGCUCGUAAAGUGUGAAAAUAAAAUUCAGACACGUAUAAAAAUUGGCCUUAACUCAAAAAUGCCUUCCCGUUUCCCACCUGUAGUGUUCUACACACCCAAAGAAUUAGGUGGGUUGGGCAUGCUGAGUAUGGGUCACGUACUUAUACCGCAAUCAGAUUUGCGUUGGUCCAAGCAAACGGAUGUCGGCAUUACACAUUUCCGUUCAGGUAUGUCACAUGACGAAGAUCAACUGAUUCCGAAUUUGUAUCGUUACAUUCAACCAUGGGAGAGUGAGUUCAUCGAUUCACAACGUGUAUGGGCCGAAUAUGCACUCAAACGCCAAGAGGCAAACGCUCAAAAUCGUCGUUUAACAUUAGAAGAUUUGGAAGACAGUUGGGAUCGUGGUAUUCCUCGUAUAAAUACACUUUUCCAAAAAGAUCGUCACACACUUGCCUAUGAUAAGGGUUGGCGUAUACGUACAGAGUUCAAACAAUAUCAAGUCCUUAAACAAAAUCCAUUUUGGUGGACGCAUCAACGGCAUGAUGGUAAAUUGUGGAAUCUAAAUAACUAUCGUACGGAUAUGAUUCAGGCUCUAGGUGGUGUAGAGGGCAUACUAGAGCACACGCUCUUUAAGGGUACAUACUUCCCCACAUGGGAGGGUCUCUUCUGGGAGAAAGCAUCUGGUUUCGAAGAGUCUAUGAAAUAUAAGAAACUAACAAAUGCUCAACGUUCCGGUUUGAAUCAAAUUCCCAAUCGUCGUUUUACGUUGUGGUGGUCACCAACAAUUAAUCGUGCCAAUGUGUAUGUUGGUUUCCAGGUGCAGCUGGAUUUAACGGGUAUUUUCAUGCAUGGUAAAAUUCCCACAUUAAAAAUCUCAUUGAUUCAAAUAUUCCGUGCUCACUUGUGGCAAAAGAUUCACGAGUCCAUUGUUAUGGAUUUGUGUCAAGUUUUCGAUCAGGAAUUGGAUGCGCUCGAAAUUGAGACGGUGCAAAAGGAAACUAUACAUCCACGUAAAUCCUAUAAAAUGAAUUCAUCUUGUGCCGAUAUUUUGCUUUUCCCCGCUUAUAAAUGGAAUGUUUCGCGACCAUCAUUGCUUGCUGAUACAAAAGACACAAUGGACAAUACAACUACUCAAAAGUAUUGGUUGGAUAUACAAUUACGUUGGGGCGAUUACGAUUCACACGAUGUGGAACGUUAUGCGCGUGCGAAAUUCCUUGACUACACCACGGAUAACAUGUCCAUUUAUCCAUCGCCAACCGGUGUGCUUAUCGCUAUCGAUUUAGCAUACAACUUACAUUCGGCCUAUGGCAACUGGUUUCCCGGCUGUAAGACACUCAUACAACAAGCUAUGGCUAAAAUCAUGAAAGCCAAUCCAGCGUUGUAUGUAUUACGUGAACGUAUACGCAAAGCGUUGCAGCUUUACUCAUCUGAGCCCACUGAACCGUACCUUAGCUCACAAAAUUAUGGUGAACUGUUUUCAAAUCAGAUUAUUUGGUUUGUUGAUGACACGAAUGUAUACCGUGUGACCAUACACAAAACAUUCGAAGGUAAUUUAACCACGAAACCCAUAAACGGUGCAAUUUUCAUUUUCAAUCCACGUACGGGUCAAUUGUUCUUAAAAAUUAUUCACACGUCUGUGUGGGCUGGUCAAAAACGUUUGGGUCAAUUGGCAAAGUGGAAGACAGCCGAAGAAGUGGCUGCUUUAAUUCGUUCUCUACCGGUUGAAGAGCAGCCAAAGCAGAUUAUCGUCACACGUAAGGGUAUGUUGGAUCCUUUGGAAGUGCAUUUAUUGGAUUUCCCAAACAUUGUGAUCAAAGGUUCUGAACUGCAACUACCAUUCCAGGCUUGUCUUAAAGUGGAAAAGUUCGGUGAUCUCAUCUUGAAAGCCACCGAGCCGCAGAUGGUUCUAUUUAAUCUCUAUGAUGAUUGGCUGAAGACCAUCUCCUCAUACACCGCUUUCAGUCGUUUGAUUUUAAUUUUGCGAGCGCUGCAUGUCAAUACUGAACGUACGAAGAUUAUAUUGAAACCCGAUAAGACAACAAUAACCGAGGCUCAUCACAUUUGGCCCACACUCACCGACGAGGAGUGGAUUAAGGUUGAAGUACAGCUAAAGGAUUUGAUUUUAGCGGAUUACGGCAAAAAGAAUAACGUGAAUGUUGCGUCCCUAACACAAUCGGAAAUUCGUGAUAUCAUUUUGGGUAUGGAAAUUAGUGCACCAUCUGCGCAGCGUCAACAAAUUGCCGAAAUAGAGAAACAAACUAAGGAGCAAAAUCAGCUCACGGCCACGACGACGCGUACAACGAACAAACAUGGUGAUGAAAUUAUCACCUCAACCACAUCGAAUUAUGAGACGCAAACUUUCAGUUCAAAGACGGAGUGGCGUGUGCGUGCUAUAUCAGCGACGAAUUUACAUCUGCGUACAAAUCACAUUUAUGUCAGUUCCGAUGAUAUCAAAGAGACUGGCUAUACGUACAUUUUACCGAAGAAUAUACUAAAGAAAUUUGUCACGAUUUCCGAUUUGCGUGCGCAAAUUGCUGGCUAUCUUUAUGGCGUGAGUCCACCGGAUAAUCCGCAGGUCAAAGAGAUACGUUGCAUUGUGAUGCCACCUCAAUGGGGUACACAUCAGACACUAAAUCUGCCUAAUACGCUACCAACGCAUCAGUAUCUGAAAGACAUGGAACCACUCGGCUGGAUACACACACAGCCGAAUGAGUUGCCGCAACUGUCACCGCAGGAUAUCACCACACAUGCCAAAAUUAUGCAGGAAAAUGCAACGUGGGAUGGUGAAAAGACCAUUGUUAUCACCUGCUCUUUCACACCCGGCUCAUGUUCGCUUACCGCCUAUAAGCUAACGCCUUCCGGUUUCGAGUGGGGCUCUAAAAAUACCGAUAAAGGUAACAAUCCCAAGGGUUACUUACCAUCACACUAUGAACGGGUACAAAUGUUGUUGUCGAACAAAUUCCUUGGCUUCUUUAUGGUGCCGGCGCAGGGUAGUUGGAAUUACAACUUUAUGGGUGUACGUCACGAUGCGAAUAUGAAAUAUGAACUGCAAUUAUCGAAUCCUAAGGAAUUCUAUCACGAAAUACAUCGACCCUCGCAUUUCUUAUUAUUCUCCAAUUUAGAGGAUGGAGGCGAUGGCUCAGGUGCAGAUCGUGAAGAUGUAUUUGCGUAGUUCCAUGCAAAAGAAAUUAGCAAAACUAUAAUACAAAUUAAUGGUAUGUUUAAAUUUUCAUCGUUUUAUGUUCCCUGAUUUAUGGUUAACAAAUAUACAUAUGUACACGCCUAAAAUAAAUUAAAGAAAAUGUAGCUGUGUUUUUAUUAGAAUUCGAGUUGUGUUGGUUUUCCAAAAAUCAUAAAUAUAUGCGUACAUAUGUAAAUAGUGUUUAGUAUGAAACAAAAAAUUCAUUAUUUUCAUAUACAUAUACACAUAUGUUAUACUAGAAAACGAACUACUGACAACAACAAAUAAAUUAAUAAUACUUUUAC